AUGUUUAAGAGUCACUGCUUCAAAAAUCAAGGAGCUUCUGAUGACUCCCUCUGGAAACUUCUAGACAUCAGUGUAGUAGCAUCACCAGUGGCUCCAGAUGCAUUAUCCAAAAGUUUGAGUGGUUCGUCCGGGGUCGAAAAGACUUCCGAGAGCUUCGUAGAACCCCAAUUUGAACCAAUUGUCAUAGCUACAAGUCGAAAACGGUUGAGUGUGUCUCCUCCAAGUGUAAGACCCUCUAUCACAUUAUUUGGAAAAACAAGACUUGGGCUCCUGGAUUCUGUUCUCGACCGUGAAGAAAAGGAAACAAUUUCCAAGAGUAGUGAUCAUCACUCAUCAGAGAGCUAUGAUGCAAACCUGAGAAAGUUUUAUAGGUCUAUGAACAUGCUAGUACCUCGGUUUCUCCCUUCCCUCGUGGAGCUUAUAAAGCUCAACAAAUGUGCCAGAGGAGGCUGUAAUCUCCAUUGA